CAGAAACAUCUAGAAGGUAGGUGACGGCCGCAUCACAAUACAUAAAGAGCUUUCGUUCCAUUUGGAGCCACAAAACCGUAUACAAUUAAUUUCCCUUCCAAUUACUUCUAAGGUUUACGACGUCGUUUCUCGAUACUCAGAGAAAUCAAUGGGUCGCCGAAGCUCCGGUGGAAGAUCUGCUCGACCGGCUUUCCGUCGUGCUGCAUCAAGUAACCCGGCUCCUCAAAAAGUGAGCCAUGCUCCUCCGCCAGCCAAUGUCCAGAGCUCUGGUGGGUCCAUCUUUGGGUUGAUUGGCUCGACCAUAGUUGAAGGAAUGGCGUUUGGUACUGGAAGUGCUAUUGCACGCAGGGCCGUGGACUUCAUAAUGGGCCCACAAACUAUUCGACACGAGAAUGUUGUUACUGAGCCUGCACCAUCAGCUCUGGCUGCUAACAGCAUGGGUGUAUCCAAAGCUUGCAACAUGCAAUCUAAGGCCUUCCAGGAUUGCCUGAACAGCUCUGGCGAUGACAUCAGCAAAUGCCAGUUCUAUAUGGACAUGCUGGCCGAAUGCAGGAGAAACUCGGCUUCUGUUAUGAGUUCUUAAGUUGAUAAUUUCCGUCUAAUAAUAUUUGUCCCGGGAAAUUGAAUUAAGUGAUGAUGGUGAUAAACAUCCUUUGGGACUCCAUUAUUUGAUGUUAUUUUUUGUAGACCUUUGGGCCGUGUUUUCAGGACUGACUGUCAUUGAUUAUUUGUUUUAUAUGCUUUAUAUAUGCACUCAUCUAAAUCAUGUUGAAAUUUAGCCGUGCAGAUCAAAUGUUGACUGAAAUUAUAUGACUGCACUGCACUGCACUUACUGUGUUGAGAAUCUGC